AUGAUAAUUCUGGAUAGUGCUCUAUUUAACCUAAAGGCUCUGGCAAAUAAAUUGAUUAAUAAAAAUGGCCGAAGCGCUUUUAUAGAAAAUAGUAAAAUAUUAAUUGCAGCAUCUGAAAAAUAAAAAAUAGAAAAAUUUAAUUAACUUUUAUUUCUGAUGAUGAUGAAAUUAUUCGGGUCACCCAAGGAGUUGUCACCUUCGUUCCCCUAAUCAGGUGUUAGCGUUCUACACCAAAUAGAGUUGAGUGUUGACCAUGACAAUCAAGGAAGUCAGAAAGAAAGAAAGAGGGUAAGAUUUAAGAACUAAUACUAAGGUCACUCCUUACGAGACUCUGUCGAGGCUAGCUUUUGGGAGGAAGAUGUGUGUUGACUAACUGGAACACUAAGGGUUUGGGGUUGGGUUUGGGUUUGGGU